UUCUCACCAUUUCCACUUCUCUCUCUAUAAAUGGAGAUCUCCCAGCAACUUCCCAGUUAAAGGCUCUAAAAAGAUUCUAUUCCCAUUUUACCCCUAAAGAAUUCUCACUUACCAACCCAAAAUGCGUGAAAUUCUUCACAUUCAGGGAGGGCAAUGCGGGAACCAAAUCGGGUCAAAAUUCUGGGAAGUAGUCUGUGACGAACAUGGCAUUGAUCCCAUUGGUCAAUACAAUGGAAAUUCAGAGUUGCAGCUGGAGAGAGUGAACGUGUAUUUCAACGAGGCCAGCUGUGGGCGGUAUGUGCCGCGAGCUGUGCUGAUGGACCUGGAACCGGGUACCAUGGACAGUAUCAAAACCGGCCCGUAUGGCCAAAUUUUCCGGCCCGAUAACUUUGUUUUCGGUCAAUCUGGGGCUGGAAACAAUUGGGCCAAAGGACAUUACACUGAAGGCGCUGAGCUGAUUGAUUCGGUUCUUGAUGUUGUGAGGAAGGAGGCUGAGAACUGUGACUGCCUACAAGGUUUUCAAGUUUGCCAUUCGCUUGGAGGUGGAACUGGGUCUGGAAUGGGAACCCUACUGAUUUCAAAGAUGAGAGAAGAAUACCCAGAUCGAAUGAUGCUUACAUUUUCUGUUUUUCCUUCACCAAAAGUCUCCGACACCGUCGUCGAGCCUUACAACGCUACUCUCUCUGUUCAUCAGCUCGUUGAAAAUGCCGACGAGUGCAUGGUACUCGACAAUGAAGCUCUCUACGAUAUUUGCUUCAGAACUCUCAAGCUCACCAACCCAAGCUUUGGAGACCUGAAUCAUCUGAUUUCUGCAACAAUGAGUGGAGUCACCUGUUGUUUAAGAUUUCCCGGUCAACUCAACUCGGACCUCCGGAAACUAGCGGUCAACUUGAUUCCAUUCCCAAGGCUUCAUUUCUUCAUGGUGGGAUUUGCACCGCUGACAUCGAGAGGGUCGCAGCAGUACCGAGCGUUGACCGUGCCGGAACUGACGCAGCAAAUGUGGGAUGCCAAGAACAUGAUGUGCGCAGCCGACCCGCGUCAUGGUCGCUACCUCACGGCCUCGGCGGUGUUCAGAGGCAAAAUGAGCACAAAAGAGGUUGACGAGCAAAUUUUAAAUGUGCAAAACAAGAACUCGUCUUACUUCGUUGAGUGGAUCCCGAACAACAUGAAGUCGAGCGUUUGUGAUAUUCCGCCAAAAGGGGUAUCAAUGGCGUCGACAUUUGUGGGGAAUUCAACUUCGAUACAGGAGAUGUUUAGGAGGGUUAGCGAGCAGUUUAUUGCCAUGUUUAGGAGGAAGGCUUUCUUGCAUUGGUACACUGGGGAAGGUAUGGAUGAGAUGGAGUUUACUGAAGCACAGAGUAAUUUGAAUGAUCUUGUCGCAGAGUACCAACAGUAUCAGGAUGCCACAGUCUGUGAUGAUUAUGGUGAUUAUGAAGAUGAAAUUUGAUGUUGUGAGGGAGAGCUGUGAUUG